AUACAUUGUGGGCAUGCGUAGUACACUACACGUGGGAACGGAAAAUGGCGUCGAAAACCUGCAUUUUGUCACCAAAUGGUGGCUGUUUAGCUGUUUCUAGCCCAGAUGGAAGGCUUACAAUUUGGGAUACUAUCACAGGUAUCCCUAGACAACAAUAUACCCCAAGUUCACACCUUUCAGCAACGUGUACAUGCAUUUCAUGGAGUGCAAUUAAGCAUGAUGUUGAGGAUGGUCCGAAGAGAAAGAGGAGGAAAUCAGAAAAGAGAAGCAAUGAGAAAGACAUUGAGAUUAUUGCCAUGGGAACAUCUAGUGGGAGUAUAUUACUUUACAGUGUAUUGAAGGGAGAUUUAUUGAGUAAAUUGGAUGGAGGACAUGAUGAUACGGUAAACGAUUUGUGUUGGCACCCAAAGGACAACACCUUGUUUAGUUGUUCAGAUGAUCAGCACAUUGUCCAGUGGAACGUUAGAGAUGGAAAGGUCAAAUGUAAAUGGAAAGCCGAUAAGAGCUCAGUUAAUUCGAUGUGUAUCAGUCCCUGUGGUAAAAUAAUAAUCUCAGCUGGUAGAACUAUCCAAGUAUGGGAUUUAGAAACUAAAGAAGUAUUAAAGAAAUUCACAGGACAUGCAUCCUCAGUGAGCAGUCUCAAAAUGGUUUCCCUUAACAACACCACCAACGAUGAUGACGAUACAUCAGUGUUAGAAUCUGUGGAUGGAUGUUACUUUAUGUCAAUGGCAGUCGGUGAUAGAAUCAUAAAUGUCUGGCAAAUAAAAGCAGCAUCAAAAAAUAAAAGUUCAAUUGUGCAAUUCACAUUGCCUGAUGAACCAACACAGUUAACCAUUUCAAACAAGUUGGAUUCAGAACCACACAUCUUUGUAUCAGUUGUGACUAAGUCUGGUCAGGUGCACAUAUUUGAUCCUGUUUUGAAUGGGAGGAGUAAAAAGCCUCUUAGCCACAGGAGUACAGUACAGGUGGCCACACAAGGCUCUCAGAAUGAAAUGCCAAAACCUAUUCCAAUCAUGUGUUCCAGAUUUUACAAUGAUUCCGACCAGCGAAUGUUGGUUGUUCAUGGUUCGUUCAUGAAACCAGUGUUUGAAAAUAUUGUUUUCAGUGCAGAAACAGAUGUGUGCCUAAUUAGAGAUGAUCCAUCGUUAACACAACUUAAUCAAGGUGACAAAGUAGCAGAUAAAGUUCGCCAACCUUUGACAUCUCAAGAUGUGACUGUACUUGCACCUGGUAACAUGGCACCAGCUAGACCUUCUCAAGAAACAGACGGUUUUAAAAAGGAUAAUAACAAAAGGAAGUCGCUCAGAACUGAGCUGUCAUUAGCAGAACGUUUAAAUACAAUGGAAAUUGCGCAAGCCAUCCCGCAGACAUCAAAGACCCAACAACCAAAAACGGAAUCUCUUGCUGUUCUUCUUACACAAGGUCUGCAGAGUCGUGACAAAGACAUUUUACGAAGAGUUUUUAGGUAUAACAAGGAGUACUUAAUCCGAAACACAGUGAGACGAUUACCGGUUCCGUUAAUAAUUCCAUUACUGCAAGAGUUGGCUGUAAGGCUAAAUACAAACCCAGAGAAUGGUCAAAAUUGCGUUGUCUGGACAAAAAUAGUCUUGAAGAUGCACACGUCGUAUCUCAUGACUUGCCCUGAUCUUGUUCAGCUUCUGUCCAAUCUUUACGAGAUGAUCAACUCGCGGACCACCAUGGGCAACCGUUUGUCUAAGCUGCAUGGUAAACUGGACCUCAUGUUGUCACAGAUCAUGGAACAGAAUGAAGAGAAAGAAGAUGAUGAUUUUACCCAAGCAUCAGCUCUCCUGGUUUAUGAAGAAUCGUCAGAUGAAAUGGAAAAUGUUAUUGAAGAUGGAUUACAGAGUCGGUCAGAUUCAGAGGGAGACUGGGAAGAUCUUGAAGAUUCAGAUAUGGAAGUCAAUCAGAAUGAAGUGGAGAGUGAUGGAGAUGGAGAUAGAGGAGGGGGAGAAAAUGAUGAAGCCGAGGAUGAAAGUGAUGAUGGUGGUACCAGCAGUGAAGAGGAGGAUGAAGAAGAGGUUGCAGGGAGCGAUAUGAGUGAUUAGCAAAUACAUAUUCAAAUUUUGAUUUUAAUCAUUGUAUCUAAUCGAAGGUCAAACAAAAUCUGCAUUAAUGAUUAUGAAGGAAGAAACCAUAAUGAACAGGUUAUGAUUUUAAAUUUUGGCGCUAAUCAUGUUUCACUUUAUUGAAGGAAUAUUUCAUCAGUGAACUGAAAAAGAUGCUUCAUUUUUAUGCUAUAUUCUUUACAAAAAGCAUUUGUUGUGUUAGUUUAUUCAUAACACAAUGUUUAUUAAUAAAUUUUAAAUAUUGAAUAUUUCAUCUUGUAAUAUUAAACCUGACUUCGAAUAUUUUUUAUUCUAAUUUGCAUGGCACUGGCAGAAAAUAUCAAAGCUUUUUAUUGUUGGCAUCUCUACUGUAUUGGCAGUAGACUUAGUAGUCACACAAAUUAAGUCAUAAUUUUACCGGAAGAAAUUGAGGUAGAAAAAUGUAAAGUUUUCUUCAUACUAAUACUGUAAUUUUCUAUGGGCCAGAUGUUGUGUUAUACCCCUAUAAGGAUGUGACAUGUUGUGCCCAUAUAUGGGCAAGUCACAUGUCUCAGAUUUGUGCAUACUGUAUAUAUUAGUAAUAAAAAAUUAUUAACAAGAAUGAUAAUAUAUCUCACCGUUAAUAUUAUAUAUGGGUGAACCAUGAAAUAUAUUAUCUCACCAUAUAUUGAUGUGUUCAUUUAUGGUCAAAUCUCGCAUACUGUCAGAUUUAUCAAUAUAUGUGCACGCUAUUGUUAUGAAUCACCCAUAUGUGGCUGUGACAUGUCUAUAUGUAGGGAAUCAAAUAUUUUUCAGAAAACCCAUACUUCCAUGUUAGGCAGGUUUAAUUUUUCACUUGCAAAGAUUUUACAAGAUUCUGGUGCUCUAUGUUAACAAGUAUUUUGUAAAGUUGAUCAGAAAAUAUAAAACUGAUUUUAUAGCCUUGUUGUAAUUUCUAAAGAGAUUAUCUUAAACUAUGAGGUAUAUUAUAUAUAUGUGAUGGAGAAGGAAUGCCUACAGUGUUGAUUCAAUAUCAUUCCUACUGUUAUACCAAUUAGAAUUGUGGCGAUUACAAUUCUGUGCCGUUACUGGCAACAUGGACAAUUCGAUGGACAGAUGCUGGCACUGGUUUGCCAGGGAAGGGGGACUUUAAAUCUGAAUACUCUAAUCAUAACUAUAGUUAUACUGUAGUUAAAUAAUCUUUUGUUUCCAAUGUUUUUCUUUUAACUUUUAUGUUGACAAUUCAUAGUGGGGACAGAUUUUUAACACUUGAGAGCAGCAUGGAAAAGACAUUUUAAAAUCAUGAAACAACAGUAUUGUUCUCAAACAUAUUUAACAACUUUAUGUACAAAGUUUAUCAAGCAGAAGCAUUUAAAGUUAUGUUGUUUGAAUACUAUCAUCAGCUGAAAUAAACUCAAGUCCAUUUUA